CUUUUCCAUAAAAAAAAACCACUUUAUCAAAAGCUUUUAAUCUCAUAGAAUAGAACCCUUAAUCAUGGAAACAGCGAUUAGAAAAGCUACACGAUUGGAUUAUAAUCCACCUAAGCAAAAGCAUUUAGAAACUCUGAUAGGACUCACUUUUCAAAGUCCUGGAAAUACAGCAAGUAUCAUUGACAUUUUGGAAAAAAGGCUUCGAGAGAAUUCUUGGAUCAUCACCUUCAAGGUCUUGAUCAUUAUUCAUACAUUGAUACGACAUGGACAAGGAGACAAAGCACUCUCCUAUAUUGCGACCCGACCUUCUGCUCUUGAUACUAGCAGAAUCAGAGAAAAGUCCUCAGGUGUUGGGCAUAUUCAAAAUAUCUAUGUCUAUACAGCUUACUUGGAAAAUAAAGUCAGUGCUUUUCGACAUUUAAAAAUGGAUCCUAUCAAGAACACACUGAACGGAAAAGUCGGCCGAUUAAGGCAUUUAUCUGUGCAAAAAGGAUUACUUAAAGAAACCAUCGUAUUGCAAAAGCAAAUGGGCACUCUUUUAAAAUGCAAGUUUCUACUGGAUGAUGUGGAUAACAAUAUCAGCCUGUAUGCUUUUCGGUUAUUAGUAGAGGAUUUACUCGUCUUUUUUCAAAUGAUCAAUGAAGCCAUCGUCAAUAUUUUGGAACAUUAUUUCGCCAUGAACAAAACGGAUGCAAGAGCCAGUCUUGACAUUUAUAAAUUAUUUGCAAAACAGACAGAAGAUACGAUUGCUUAUUUAGACAGAGCGAGACAAUAUCAACAUGAUUUAAACAUUUCCAUUCCCAAAGUGAAGCAUAUUGAUUCAAGGCACCUUUGUCAUUAGCCACAGCGCUCCAAGAAUACCUCGAUGAUGCAGAGAAAAGCAACAGCACAAGUGAUACUGUCUCCAAGGAGAACCAACCUACGACUACUACACCUAUCACGGCAGCCAUCGCAGGCAACAACAACAACAACGUAUCACAACAACAGCAACCCAAAGAACUGGCGGAUUUCUUGACCAGUGUGCAGAACGACACAACAACAACGCAUCUAUUCCAACCUGCUGCUCUUCCUAUCCAACAGCAGCAGCAGCAGCAACAGCAGCCAUAUCAAAUGACUCAUUUCAAUUCCUUUGGUUCGAAUCCUUCUCUACAAC